GUUCAUGGUUGUUGCUAGUUAACAAUCAUGUGGCUUAGUUUUCAAUUUGCACACUAUUCAAUCACACAACCAUGACCAAGAAACACGUAUCGUUUGCAGCCACCAAAACUGUGGCGGAGUUUCACAUCGCACACAACCCCACCACCGUGCCCCACGUCGGCCCCUCCGUCGGUCUCGUGGGUCCCCCCAUCUGCAUUUCCAGCGUUCCCAUUCUCGACGAGGACGAAGUGGUUGCAACACAAGGCAAAAAGCGACGCGCUCUGUACAUGGAGCCCGUUCGUCGCGUGGUGAUGCUACGACGACAAGGUUACAGCAUGGAGGACAUCGGUCGCAUUUGCAUCCAAGCAGACUACGUCAAACAAUGUCGCAAAGAGACCGCGUUGGCCUAUCUCGUGGAAAAGAGGUUGCUCGUGGAGUCCAAAUCGACCGAUUUGCAUGUCAAGCCAAACACUCCGGGAGUACUUGUUUGAAGGUACAGGUGCUGUGACACGUCAAGAUUUAUAUUUAACAUGACGAUGUGAACGAGAAUCGAAUGUUCGUUUGUCGGCUUUGAACCCACGAGUGUCUCUGGUCCUUCAUUGGCUUCAUCUACGAAGUUAAAGAAAAAAU